AUGUGCGCAAACUCUCACUCACUAAAAACACUUAUGAUAGCUUCGGAAAGGAAUAUCUCGUCUGGCAGUCCAACUUGUCAGAGACAGCCUCUUCUCGGUCACUGUCGCAUCUGCUCUGUCUCACGGCUCGGUUUCCGUGUGAAGCGUCAGGCUCAUGGCAACGCUAUUCCAUCCUCGUUGAUGCUGUGGUGUGAACGAUUCUGUGGGCCUGUGCUAAGCUUUCGUGCCAGGCUGACUGUCACACCCGCGUCACAGCAUUCGUCACAAGUGACGUAUCCAAAAUUCAGCCUCACUGUAUGGAAAACGCGCAACCUCGCGACUCCGAGGCUACACGAUGGGGUACAGAUGCGUGAAAGCGUGGGGUGUUUAAAAACCGAGGCCGGGACUGGCCGCGUCAUUCUCCCACGUGGCCUGGCCUGGCCCGGCAUAGUUCAGCCCAGCUCAACUCAGUCCGGUACAGCCCCACUCAACUCCGAGCCCUCACAUUUUCAUAAUCCCACCGCACACGCGCCCUCAUGUAUGCCCAUCCGUUGA